ACACUCUGGUGGGGCGAAUUAGAACCUUGGAUGGACGAAGAGUACGCGAAACAAGUCUGCGGCCUCAUGGGCUGGGAUCCCGUCAACGUCAAGGUCCCUCAUCCUGCCCCGGAUCCUAUCACAGGCCAGCAAGCCAACAACCCAGGCUAUUGUUUCCUCACUUUCCCAACCCCCACACACGCGGCUUCCGUUCUAGCACAGAUCAACAACAGCAACCCUAACAACCCCAUCACUAUGCCCAACUCCACCAAACCCUUUCUUCUCAACUGGGCCUCGUCAACUCCCAUCCCGCCGUCAUUAUCUCCACCAGGUGUGGCAGCUCAGCAACAGCAACAGUAUCCCAAGGAGUACAGCAUCUUCGUUGGCGACUUGGCCCCGGAGGCAUCAAACUCGGACCUCGUCGCUGUCUUUCGCAACCCCGUUCUAGGUCUUCGUAACGACCGCGAGCCCAAGUUCAUUCGCCCUUUCCUGAGUUGCAAGAGCGCAAAGAUCAUGUUGGAUCCCGUUACCGGCGUUUCACGGGGUUACGGGUUUGUUCGCUUCACCGAUGAGGCUGAUCAGCAGCGUGCGCUGAUCGAGAUGCAUGGCCUUUACUGUCUCUCACGUCCAAUGCGCAUCUCUCCUGCUACCGCGAAGUAUAAACCGCCGCCAUCUCUCGACUUACCUCAAGUUCAGCUCCCGCCCAACACUCCUCCCAGGUACAAUAUGACGGAAGAGUCGUGGAAACACCAGGCCCAAGCGCGAGCGAUCCUCGGCAACCUCAUCGGCCCCAACGGCGAGCAGCUUACGUCUACGGAUCCCUACAAUACCACAGUUUUUGUGGGCGGAUUGUCUCCUUUGAUCUCGGAGGAGACACUGAGGACGUUCUUCGCGCCUUUCGGCGACAUCCAUUACGUGAAGGUCCCAGUCGGAAAGCAUUGUGGUUUCGUGCAAUUCGUGCGCAAGGCGGAUGCGGAGAGAGCGAUUGAAAAGAUGCAAGGAUUCCCCAUUGGCGGGAGUAGAAUCAGACUCAGCUGGGGAAGGAGUCAA